AUGACGGACGUAAUGCGUGAUAUGAUAGCUCAACUGAUGGGAAGCCAAAAGGAAGGCGAAGAAGGUCGGGAUCUCCCUCCGUACCAUCAUCCCACUGUGUGUCGAGCGUACCUUAUUGGCUGUUGUCCCUACGAACUAGUACCCGAUAGCAGACUGCAAGGACUUGUGUCAUGUAGAAAAACGCAUGAACCAGCUCAUAAAGCAGAUUUUCUGAAAGCACAAAAGGAAAGAGAUCACUUCUAUGAUGUGGACGCUUUCGACAUAUUGGAGAACGCUAUCCGCGUUGUUGACAAUGAAAUCUCACGUAUCAAAGAUAAAUUGGACAGAGAAGCUCGGGAACAAACAGAUUCUGCGGAGGCUGUGAAGGCACAACGUAUAAAUGAUCUAAGCGAACAGAUCGGUAAAGCUGUAGCUGAAAUGGAAGAGCUAGGCAAUAUGGGUAAGGUCGAGGAGUCAAUGAAACUUUCCAAGACAGUUGAAGACCUGAGAGCUCGAAAGGCUGAGCUUGAGGGCCAGACUGAUUUUCGUCUUGCCGGUCCGGGCUCGAAUGCCGCUAGGCUUCGAGUUUGCGAGGACUGUGGGGCUCAGCUGAACAUAAUGGACCAUGAGUCCCGAAUCGCAGACCAUUUUGGUGGCAAAAUGCACCUCGGAAUGGUUGAAUGUCGUGAAAAGUAUGCUGAAAUGAAAGCAACUAUAGAAGAACGUAGAAAAGAGCGGAGAGAAAGAGGACUUGAUGCUGGACCAAGGUUUGCAGAGAGAAGACGAACACCGCCACGUAGAGAACGCGAAGAACGAGAUCGCCGGGACCGUUACACUGGAAGUAGUCGGAAGAGGAGUCGUUCGCGCUCAAACGACCGUGAUCGCGACCGCGAUCGCGAUCGUCGCCGUGAUCGGGAACGUGAUGACCGUCGAGGUUCCGGAAGAGAGAGUUAUCGUGAUCGAGACAGGCGGGAUCGUCGCCAUUGA